AUGAAUUUAACAAUUGAUGGCAAACAAAAAGUGAACUAAUUUUUACGAUUGUUAAAAAUCUUCUCAUAUCCCCUUAUCAUAUGCGAUAGUGAAAGUAUUAUUCAUCUAUUCUAUAAUAAGAAAUGUAAUUCUCAGAAAUGCCAGAGAAUCAAUCCUUCAAUGAAUUUAAUAAAACUGAUUCUCCUGCUUUUUUUGCUUAACUAGAUAGUGAUUUCUUUACACAAUUCCAAACUUAAAUUAGAGAAAACCAUCUUUUAUUCACUUAAGUUCAUUAUACAAAUAAUGAAUUAUAGUAAGAAGUCUCCAUACUUAAUUCAUAAUUAAAGUAUAUAUGCUCUUAUAUACCAACUGAUAUUAUAUACAAAUCAAUAAAACCAUUAAUCAAAUCAUAAAUCAAACAACUCAAAUUAUCAUUUGCUUAUAUGAUAACAGAUACUUAUCAAGAAGACAAAAAAAUUUAGUUACAAUUUAUGAUUGCCACUUAUUCAGAAGAUGGUUAUUUUACUAUAAUGAAACCUAUAUCAUAGUUAACUCCUAGAAUAUUUGAUCUACCAUUGUUAUAAAAUAAAGUGAUCAGUUUUAAUUAUUUAAGUUGUAAAACCAUACUUACACAGAUGAAAUCUCACUCAAUUUCAUUGCAUUUUAGUUAAGAUAAUAUUCAAUUUAAUCCAAUAUCAUUUGACUCAGAAUUAGUUGAAAUUCCAUCAAAUAUUUUAAGUCAUUAUGACUAAACAUUUAUAGAUAAUGUUUAUGGUGAUCUACAAAUAGAAUUAAUAUAUUCAAGAACAUACAUACCUAUCUUUAAUUUUAGUUAAAAAUAAAAAUUAGACUGUUAAAUUUAUAUAAAUCCUUCAAAACAAUUUAAUAAUAAAAAUGCUAUUUUCUAUUUUGUUUAUAAUUAAUAAUAUAUGAUGAUUUGUAGUAGACAAUAAGUGAUAGUUAAUAAUUAAAGUAAGCCUUAAGCCAAAAUAUUUCACAAUGUAGAUAUGGUCAAAGAAAUAUAAUUAAUUAAUAGUAAUAUUAAAUAGAACAAAAUAGAUUUUUAAUAUACAACUACUCAUCAAAAAAAUCAUUCAACUUUUAACUAUGACAAUCCUCCACUAAAAAUGGUUUGUUCUGAUAUUAUGGACAGCAAUACUAAAAUAUAUCAUUAACAAGAGCCUUUGUUAUUUGUUCCUCCAAAAGUAACUGGAUCUAUAAGUUAAGCAAUAUAAGACUUUAUGACUAGGUAAUCUUGUUAAUAACUUAAUACAACUUCAUAAAAAUUUUCAAAAAGUUUUCAGAACUGA